UUUACUUUAUAAUUACUGUAUUAUUUUUAUGGGUACACCUGUCUUAUUCCCUUAGAGCUGAUAGCAUCGGUAUAGCCAUCAUAAACUUGUGAAUGCAGGCGUAAAAAUGAAGCGCAGGUUGACCCAGGCAUUUACCAACCGCUCGGUAUCCAACCCCGUCAACUUUGAGGUGAACUCGAACAUUGCCGCUUACAAUCUCAGCAUUGAUGUGAAAAAGGAGCAGAUUAGAGAAAUAUCGAAGCAGUUCAAGAAGUACUCCAAGUUGGUGCAGGGUGAGAUUGACUGUCUGAGGUUCAUUUCCGAGCAGUUGGACGAGUUCAGCAGGCUGUUGAAGACGCAGCCGGAGUCUUUUCAGGAGGUGGCGUGCAUGCUCGAGAUGUCGGACUGCAACAAGUACCUCGCGGAGAUCAAGGAUCGCCUGAACAACAAGAUGAACCACUUGUUUUGCAACCGGUACAGUUCUUUUUUGAACAACGAGGUGACGCCGGUUGUGGAGAACAAGAAGAACUUUGACAAGGAGACGAUGGAGUACGACAGCGCUUACACGAAGCACAAGAACGCGCAGAAGAACAUGAAGUUGUCGCUCAGGGAGAAGGAGAGGGAGGAGGAGCAGUUUUUGGCGUACAGGGAGUCGUACGCGAAAUCUGAGGCGGAAAUUUUAGAGCAGCUUCGCCAGACCAACGCGAAGGCGGAGAAUUUGGCGAUGCUGACGGUGGUGGGGUACUGGUACAUGCUCAAGAGUUAUUUCAAGGAGGGUAGCGACGUGGUGAACAAGAUGGAGUCGAAGAUUAGGAGGCACAAACAGCACUUGAAGUUGCAGAACAAGGCGUCGAAGAUGUUUUCUCGUCCGCUGAAGGAGGUGUGUGAGUCGGAGGGUAGGCGCGUGCCGGCGAUCGUGGUUGCUUGUUGCGAGUAUCUGAGGGCUAAUGGGGUCAAGACGCAGGGCAUUUUUCGCGUGUCACCGACGAAGGACGACUUGGACGAGUUGCGCAUGUCGGUGGACCAGAGAUACGUGAAGUUUGAGGACGAGAGCCCGCAUUUGGUGGCGGGUUUGUUGAAGUUGUACUUGCGGGAGUUGCCGAGUCCGCUGUUCGAGCACCACGAUCUCGGUGGGUUUUUGAAGAUCGUGGAGGUGGAGGAUAAGAAGGAGCAGGUCGCGUUGUUGAAGAAGUACUUGUCGGAGCUUCCGUUGAGCAACUACAAGUCUAUGCAGCACAUCAUCAGGCUGUGCGUGGAGAUAGCUGAGAAUUCGGACGUGAACAAGAUGACGGCGCAGAACCUGUCGGUGAUUUUAGCGCCUAAUUUUUUCAAAGUAACAGAGAACCCGGCGGAAUUGCUAAUUAAGCAAAUGGAAUCGAUCAAUUAUUUAUUUUACUGCCUGAUUGCGAACUACGCGUCUAUUUUCGAGGUGGACGACUUGAAUUUGGACAAGAUAGAUAGGGAGAUGGACAUGGACGUGUUGGAACAGUCGGACGAGGACGUGUUGAGCGGCGAGCAACAGUUUUACACGUCUUCGGAGUCGAAGAUAUUUUCGCCGACCGAGGCGUCUGAGGCCGGAGCGCCUCAGAGCUUGAGGUUGGGUCAAUAUGAGACGGCAGGUGGAGGGGCGAGACAGUCGUCUGAGGGGGAGGAAGUGCAGGAGAGCAGGCGGUAUCCGUGGUUGUUGUUGGGCAGAGGGGGAAGGUAUAAGAAGUCGUCGGUUAGUAAGUUGUCCUAUCAUUCUUCUCGGGUGCCGGCUACGAUUCACGGCAUACACAGGAAUCAGAGGGACCAGGGUGGCUCGGACCGGGGUUCCGUCUUGGUUGGUCUUGCCUCUGCGUUUCAGAAGUCGGACUCGGGAGGAUCUCGGUUGUCUAUGUCCGUCGACAACGCGCGAGAGGCGUCUGGAGCGGAGGGUUCGCUUUCGCAGGGCGAGCAGCCGGAGGCGCAUUUCAGAAGGGGCCUCGUGGCGGGGAGGGGGACGGACGAGGAGAGGAGGGGCGGCGCGCUGAGCGGCAGCAAGGUGAUGCUGUCUUCUUCUCCCGGAACGUACUCUUUGAACAACGAGAUUUUAGAGGGGGGUAAGGAGUUGAAGUCGGAAGAGGUGGACAGGGGGAGGAGGGGGGCGUUGUCCGGGUGGAGGCAACAACUCGGGGAAGGAGAGACGGACGGAAGUCCCGCGCAGGCGCAUGAGGGGUCGGUUCGUUUUUCUGAGCGGAGGGAUGACGAGAAGACAGAGAAAGACGAGAGACGGGGAUCGCUGGACAUGUAUUUCGGUCCGUUAGGGGAGGUGCCGUUUGAAGAGCCGCUAGAAGAGGUGCGGGAGCAGGUGGAGAAGCGAGUUGGCGAUUUCACGUCUAUGAACGACGAAGGUUUGAAGUAUUUUCUCGGUUUGGACUAUCCGAUCAUUACGUCUAGGGUGUUUUCUUCGCGUCCGUAUCACAGCCUCGUUGGCUCGCUUUUCAGCUUUAUAGAGGCGAUGUCGGUUGCCGCGAAGUUCGAGAGCGAGUCGCCUGCCGAGUUGGUGCGUCUGUACAAGAGGGCGUCGGACGACCUGCGAGAGAAGGCGCAGCGGUUUUUCGACUUUCUGUCUCACGCGUCUUCGACCGAGCUGUCGAGCGCUGAGAGGGAGCUGUGCGACGCGACUGAGAUCUUGUUGAACGGCGUGCGGUUCAUCGCGAUGAAGAGCGGGGCCUGCACCACCAAGUCAUAUCAGAAUUACGUGCAGGAGUUCAUCCUUGGGUUCAGUACAAAUCUGGCGUUUUGCCUUGAGUCGGUGAUGGUGAGGGAGUUCGACUUUUACAAGGAGAGGGUGUCGCUGCUGCUCAAGAAGAUUGUGGACAUGUACUCGAGCUUCUUGAACGACAUGAUUGGGAACGCCUCGUCGAGCGGCGACGAGUUGGAAAUUUCGAACGUGGACGUGUUUUACAUGCUACGUUUUUCUGUGUUGCGGACCAACUUGAGCAAGAACACGACGUUGUUCAGGCAGUGCCUGCAGGACACGGGGAAGAUUCAGGCGCUGCUGAAGGAGCUGGUGGGGGGGGACGGCGGGGCAGUGCCCCAGCUGCGGAGGGUCGAGUGUAUCAAGGACCUGACGCAGUUGAUUAGGAAGGACCUGCUGAUAGACGAGAAGAGCUCGAACGUCGACCCGUACAUCGCGUUGUGGGAGGAGAUAGUGUCGUUCACGGAGUUGCUUGAUUCGGAUUGGGUCGCGGAGGUCAAAAGGGACGGUCGGCCGGUGAAGGUUAGCUUUGUGUGUGCGCUUUUUAGCGUGCUGUUGGUCGAGUGUCGAAAAUGGAUGCCUGUGGGCGAGGAGUGGUGCCUAUCCUCUUUGGAGGCGCUUGAAUCGGUCGACCGGUUUUUGAGCGCGACCGAGGUUCUGAGACAGCACAUCGCCGAGCUCGUGAUGGGAAAGGGCGAUGGUUUCGACGACUUGGAAAUUUUAACGAACUGCUUGUUUUGCACUUUGUAUGCGAAUUGUCAGAGUUUGAUGUUGAAGACGGCUGAGUUUGUGUUGAGCAAGGCUAAUGACGGAGACGAGUUGAUGGGCAUCAUAACGUUACUGUUCAAGAUUUUGAAUAUUAUGGAAUUCGUGUUUUCGAAGACGUCUCGCUUGUUCGUUUCAUGAGAGAGAGGAGUAGGUUGGCAAUUUGUGUCUUUUGUAUGUGAGGUUGUAAAAAAAAAAAAAAAAAAGAGUUGUACGAGAAAAAAAAAUUUUAUCCGAAUUUCGCGGAGAGA